AUGUUCAUGAGAUUCGCAAGCCCCAAUGAACGCCGGACCAUCAGCCGUGAGGAUCUCGGCUUCUACAACGCCCUAGUCAUCGCAGGGGUCUACGAGGUCACCGACAAAGAGAUCGACGUGAAGGCAGCCGCGUCCUAUAUCACUCCUCUGAAACAUUGUAUCCAGGAGUAUCCAUUUCUAGGUGUUGUCGUCAGAGACAAGCACACUGAGAAGCCAUUCUACGAGAAAGUACCGAGCAUAGACCUCAACAACCACAUCUCAGUCAUCCAUAAUGAAGAUAUCAACACUCAAACAGAAAUCAAAUCCAUAGAGGAGUUCCUCCUCCCAAUUCUUGACCGGCCUUGGCCAGCCGAUAUACCGCCCUGGCGCAUUGUCGUCCUCCCUCUCCCUCCACGCGACGAGCAAACGACGCGCGUCUUCAUAGCCUUUUCAUUCUCGCAUACCCUGGGCGAUGGCUUGGUAGGACACGCCUUCCACCAGACCUUUCUCCACGCGUUGCAAGAGCGUAUUGUGGAGGAAGACAGCGCCUCUCUGAUCACCCCGUCAACCCAACAGCUCCCGCCACCCUUCGACAUCCCCUCGAGACUCCCGAUCUCAUGGAAGUUUCUCCUAAGCCCGCUUCUAGCAGUCUAUCUACCAAGAUGUCUAUCCACACUGCUCGGCCUUCGCGCAGCGGUUACCACCAUCGAUGCAGGAACUUGGACCGGCUCGCCCAUGUUCUUUGACCCGUCAACGCCCAACAGUAGCCGAAUCCGUCUGCUUGAGAUUGAUUCGUCGCUUGUUCAAGCGGCGUUGAGGGCCUCAAGGGCACAUGGGUCGAAACUGACGGGCCUAAUACAUCAAAUGAUCAUCAUGGCUUUAAGCAGAGUCCUCCCAGAUGAGAAGGUCACGAAUUAUGUCUCGGGAACGGCGGUCGAUUUACGGAGGUCUGUGGGUAUUCCGCGCUGCGCUUGGGGUCUUUAUGUAUCUGGACACAACCAGACCCAUCCACGCCCGUCUGAUCUGCCAGAGAAAGGGUCUCCGUCUACAUUCAGCGAUGGAUUCUGGUUGUCCGCCAGAUCCAUCACCGAGGACCUCGCCCUCUGCGCAACCAGUCUCCAGGAUCAGGCAAUUGGACUGCUCCGAUAUGCGCCGAGCAUUAGGAACUGGACGGCCGGAAAGGUAGGGCAACAGAGGGACUGUUCGUAUGAAGUGAGCAAUUUGCUUGCAUUCGACAGUGCUGCUCAUGAAGGGGGUAAAUGCAAAAUCACCAAGAUGAUCUUUGCAACCCCGGCGAACGUGGUCAGUGGCCCGCUGGUGUUUAAUAUUAUCAGUGUCAAGGGUGGGAACUCGGUCAUCGCGGUCAACUGGCAGGUUGGAGCUCUGGGUGUGCCUCACGAAGAGGAGGACGAUUUUGUUAAUGCGGUCUGUGAUUCUAUUAGAUCUGAUUUUGAGGCAUAUUUCGUAUUCCAAACCGUCCUGCUUGCCGGCCUGCUGGUAUUUAUCAUGUUGACUCCGGAUGCGGCGAGGAUAGUCCUAUACCGUAGGCAGUGUCUUGUGAACCCAGUGACGGCCCCCAAAUCACGCAACCAAGGUGGAAUGCUCUUCACACAAGGACCGCCAAACUGUGGGCAGCUCGAACUCCUGCUGAGUCAUAUCGCAUCCGUCGACCUGCCUACCUAG